GCCGAGAAGCCCACGAUCGCGGGGACCAUCGCGCACUCGCUGAGCGGAGCCCAGAAGCCCAGGCGGCGAAAGGGCCAGCACCCGCGCUCGCCCGUCUACGAGUUCGACGGCUUCUUCCGCGGCGAACCCGCAAGCUUCAGGGUCACGGCCACCUUCGGCCACGUCUAUCCCGCCGCGCCUGCCCGGGCUACAACAACUGGAACACCACGCGCCCGGACGACCUGUUCUUCGCCCCCGUCGAGCAGGGCCAGGACAGGCGCGAGAGGGGGGGCGGCUCGAUCCCGGAGCACCUGGCGGAGGAGAGCCAAAGGCUGCCAGGCCCUGGUGCUCUGGCUCGACUGCGACCGCGAGGGCGAGAACAUCUGCUUCGAGGUCAUACAGUGUGCUGGCACCUCGCUGGACCAGAACCGCUCCUGGGACCACGCGUACAACGGCAGGAUCUUCCGGGCCAAGUUCUCCUCGCUGAGGCAGCAGGACCUCAUGUACGCGCUGCACCACCUCAUCCGGCCCAACGAGGCGAUGUCCCUCAGCGUGGAUGCGCGGCAGGAGAUAGACCUGCGCCUCGGCGUGGCGUUCUCAAGGUACCAGACCCAGUACUUCCGCGAAAACUUCGGGAUGCUCAGCAACUUCCUCAAGGCUGUCACCUACGGCCCGUGCCAGAUGCCUACGCUGUGGUUCUGCGUGCAGCGGCAGUGCCAGAUCGAGAACUUCUCCCCGAAGAACAGCUGGCGGCUCGAGGCGAAGCUGAAGAUCGGUGACGGCAUCCCGGAAAUCACGGCGGAGAACACCAGCGGCAAGGUCUGGGACAAGAACGAGGCGCAGAUCCUGCUGCGCAAGGUGUGCGCCGAGGACGCGGCGAAGGUGACGGCGGUGGAGAAGCGGAGGAACGACCUGCAGCGGCCCCUGCCGCUGAACACGGUCGUGCUCCUCCAGAAGGCGUCGGAGCUCUGCGGCCUGAGCCCGGGCGAGGCCAUGAUGCAGGCAGAGCAGCUCUACCUCAAGGGCUUCCUGUCCUACCCGCGCACGGAGACGACGCGGUACCCGCAGCACUUCGACAAGUGGGGCGUGCUGGAGCAGCUCAAGGUGCCCGAUGCGCCCUUCUCCGGGCUCGCGCACAAGGUGGCGGAGCUGAAGAUCGACGGUCGCACGGACGGGGUUGACGUGGGCGACCACCCGCCGAUCACGCCCGUGAAGCACGCGACGGAGAGGCAGUGCAAGGACCCUCGAGCCUGCCGCGUGGGAGCUGUACAAGCUCGUCUGCCGGCACUUCCUCGCGACGGUGUCCCCAGACUGCAUGGUCAACGAGGACGUGGAGGUGAAGCUCGACCUCGGGGGCGUCCCCAUGGCCGUGAAGAGCAAGCGCCAGGUGCAGGGUACCUUCAACUGGACGCACGUGACGGGCACGGAGGUGAAAGACGACGGGCCGAGCGGCCUGGAGAACAUCAAGCCUGGGACGAGGCUCGCGGUGUCGGACACCGACCUGAAGCAGUCUGCGUCUACCGUGCCUGA